AUGUACGAGACAUCCAAUAUGAAGAAACCAGUACGAACUCACCAAUUUAUUUUAAUGGACUUCGAGUUUACAACAAUUUACAGAACCAGUAUUGUACUAAUAUCGGGUGCAAUUUCAAAUAGCUCUUAUCAUUUUAAGACCGUUAAAUUGGAGGGAAAACCUCUUUUACUACCAAUAAAUCAGAAUGUUAGACAACUGAAUAUCCAAGAAAUAAGGAAAGCAAUUUCACAGAUUAAUCUGUACUUAAAACUAGAGCUACAAGUUGCAUUGUUGAAACAAUUGCAUAAAAGCCUAAGCACCAGUACAAACAAUUUAAACGCUGAAUUUAUUAGACGUUACUUAGCAUAUAACAAUAAAAUAACGAUAAUCGUAUUAUGGAACGGUUCCACAGAUAUGGACAUUUUAAAGAGAUUAAAAAUUGAUAACUAUAAUCUACUAAACAUGACAUGUCUUGACAUAUCAAAUAAUCAACACUUUUACAUACAAUUAAUCACAAUGAGAAAUAUGAGAGUCAUAUACGAAUACAGUUUAGGGACGUAUAGUAAACAAGGACAGAUGUUGAGUCUAGUAGAAACACAUAAAAUUAUAUGUUCAAAACAACACAAAGGAAUGUACCCCCACGAUCCUUGCUACGACCUGGAACUAACGAAAUGUAUUUUUAACAAAAUGGUUAAACAAUUUCAGUAUAAAAAUCUAGUACAACAUUUUUAA